GCUGUCUGCAAUCCGGCGUGCACUGGGGCAGACCCCUCAGCUUGCUCGUCGUCACCUCUCCACGGCCGUUCCCUCCGCGGCACACAGUACUGCUGCAGAACACCUGGCAAACCAGGGCCUCCGCGAGACGGCUCACGCAAGCUCAUCCUUAUUGGCCCCAAAUGCGUCCGGAGUAUCCCCCGUCUCCUUCGCGGGCGUCCGUCCCCUAUACCUCUCUAUGUCCUCCCUGAUCCGCCCCGAGGAAAACGUCGACCCCUCCGACGAACUCGUCGAACUUGACCCUGACGUCUUUGCGCACCCCAUUCGCCGAGACAUUCUGCACCUGUGCGUCGUCCACUACCUCGACUGCCAACGACAAGGAAGCGCGAGCACCAAGACGCGUGGCGAAGUCCGCGGUUCCGGUCGCAAAAUCCGUCCCCAGAAAGGCUCCGGUCGGGCACGUCUCGGUGAUGGCCAGAGUCCCAUGCUCCGCGGCGGAGGUGUCGCCUUCGGUCCCAAGCCUCGUGACUUCGCGACGAAGCUGAACCGCAAGGUCAUCGCGAUGGGCAUGCGAGUUGCCUUGAGCGCACGUGUCAAGGAGAAUUCACUCGGCGUUGUCAGGAGCUUGGAGUGGCCUGGGACGAAGACGAGGGAGCUUGACCAGCGCAUCCAGGAGCUCGGUUGGAGGAGGACCUUGUUCGUCACAGGGCAUGAGGAGAUCCCGGACGGUCUGUGGAGAGCGGGUGCCAACCUGACGGGCGUGGACAUGGUGACGGCUGAAGACCUUGACGUUUACCAUACGCUCAAGUGGCCUCGCCUCGUGCUGGACCUUGAGGCUGUGGAGUGGUUUGAACAGGCCUUGGGUAGACCGAAGGGCGUCGCACAUCGGGAGUACAAGCCGUGAUUAUGUUAGUACGCACGCAUACUACAGGUAAUGCUAAUUCACUAGAUGAUCUUUGCGUCGCAACAUGCGCCUUGUGGACACCGUGUGCUUGCCCGAUAACCAUGACGUCUGUGUCCUCAUAUCACACCUGUCGCUCAUAUCCACGGAUUGCACGAUGCCUUUCAUUGGAUUUCAGUCGCUUUGGUAGCAUACUGGUUACUACAAAUGCUCAGUUCUCC